CGGGGCUCCAAGAGGCUGCUGUGCCCUGGGUCCCCCAGCGAGCCGAGUCAGUUAUAAAUCAAGAGGAGUUGAGAGUCUGGUGGCAUGGCUUUAAUUACCUUGCGGAGGAACCUUUGUCAUUUAUCUGAUUUUCGGAUACAUGGAACUCUGGCUGGUCUGAAAACUCAACGUGUAAAUUGUGUUCACAAGACAGUCAAGGAGCAUCUGUGUCCAUGGUUCUGGUCACUGCAACUUGAGCCUGUUAGGGUCAGGUUCCAUCAUGCCCAUUCUAAAAAGUUCCAUUCAGAAAAUGGAAAUGACCUUCAUCCAGUUGGCGAGCCAGCGUUCUCUCAAGCACACGCUGGGGACAGGUCUGAACACAGUGUUAAAAAUGUGGAUGAACAGAUAUUUUACAGGAGACUAAACAGCUUCACUUCAUCGGAAGAAGUCUUGCAUUAUAUAAGCACACUGCAGACUUUGCCUGAUACUAUGGCAGCAGGAGCCUUACAUCGGAUUUGUGAAAUGGAAAAAAAAGAUGAUGAUCAAAGGUUGCCAAAAGAAAUACUGGAGAAUAGCGCCUUUCAAACUUUGUGUAAUCAGUUUGCACAGGACCCCUCAAACCUGUCAAACACGGGUUUGGUGACUGCUUUGCAAGCCCUGACCCUGUAUGUGGAUCCCCAAAGUCGCUUGCUGCUAAGCCUCCUGGCAGAGUGCCAGCAUCGUCUCGAAAUGGGUAGCCUGGACAUUCACAGUCUUUGUAUCCUGGGGGAAUGUCUGAUUAAACUGCAAGGUCCAGGUUGUUCGACACUAGACCUGAUUAUAUAUCAACUGCAAGGUGAAAAUUUGGAAGAAUUUACCCCCGAGGAUAUUGUGACCCUUUACAGAAUACUGCAGGCAUGUCCUGAAAAAGUUGACCAGACGUUUUUACAUAAGAUAAAUAACUUUUCUCUGUCAGUAGUUCCCAACCUGAGUCCUAAGUUGUUGAGCCAAAUGCUCACCGCCCUGGUGGUCCUUGAUCAAACUCAGGCACUUACGCUGGUUAUAAAAUUGGGUAAAUAUGUUGUGAGGCAUAUCCCCCAUUUCACUAAUGAAGAGCUCAAAGAAGUCUUAGAGGCAUUCAUCUACUUUGGGUACAAUGACAGAUUUUUUACAGAAGCCCUAGAGCAACAUGUUGCUUCCCUCUGUCUCACUCUGGAUCCUGAGGUUGUCAGCAAAGUCAUGGAGUAUUGCAGUAGAAAGCUGAUUUUUUCAAAACCCAUCCUCAAUGCAGUGGCAGAAACUUUUGUUUGUCAGUCAGAAAAAUUUUCACCUAAUCAAACUGCUGAGUUAAUUGAACCAUUUGGAAAACUCAAUUAUUUGCCACCAAAUGCCUCUGCUUUAUUUAGGAAGCUAGAAAACAUACUGUUCACUCGUUUCAAUUAUUUUCCACCCAAAACACUAUUGAAACUUCUCCAUUCAUGUUCACUUAUUGAAUGCCAUCCAGUCAACUUUAUGGCCAAAAUAUUCAGCCCGUAUUUUCUUCAGCAGCUGCAAGGUGAAGAGUCCUAUUUGGACAGACUGAGCCUAGCACAACUGACCCAACUUUUCUUAACCGCGAUUCUAGAAUGCCCGUUCUAUAAGGGUCCAAAACUUCUUCCUAAAUAUCAAGUGAAAUCAUUUCUUACUCCGUGCUCUUCCCUGGAGACCCCCAUGGAUUUUCAGCUUUAUAAAUCUGUGAUGGUUGGACUGAUUGACCUUUUAGGAGCAAGAUUGUAUUUUGCUUCAAAAGUGUUAACACCCUAUUGUUACACGAUAGAUGUUGAAAUUAAAUUAGAUGAAGAUGGAUUUGUAUUACCAUUUACAGUUGAUGAAGAUAUACAUAAAAGGGUAGCACUGUGCAUUGAUGGUCCAAAAAGAUUUUGUUUGAAUAGCAAACACUUACUGGGAAAGGAAGCUACUAAACAAAGACAUCUGUACUUACUUGGUUAUCAAGUUGUCCAGAUUCCCUAUUACGAGAUUGAGAUGCUAAAAUCAAGAAUUGAAUUAGUGGAAUAUUUACAAAGAAAACUAUUUUCUCAAAACUCUGGUGGUCACUGGUAACAAGAAUGAAUACUGACUUCAGAACUCAAAUAGUGAAAGAACUUGCAAAUUAGCCGUUUAUUUAUGUACUUUGGUGAUCUGAAAGGGGUCUCUAGUUUCCUUAUACCAUGUAUACGCUUAUCAGUAGCAAAUUUAAAAUUAAUUUUAACCUUCAUUUAAUACUGGUAUCAGAUACUUUUAUACAUCAAACAGAAUUGAUCAAGUACAAUAAAGGAAUGUAAUGAGUAAGUGUCAUAAUUUUAAGUCUUGUGUUUUGUGACAGUUAUUGCUAACUGAAAAUAUAUUCUUGAGAGACCUUUGUUUCUUCUUCUAACAAAUAUAAGGAAGAAAUUUUAUCUCCCGGUUUUUUCUUUUG